CAAAUCCAACUAAACCGGAAGUAUCAUUCUGCACGCAGUAAUCGAGAAAAACAACAAUUUUAGCUUGCAUUACUUGCUGUGCCUAUCAUGAGUACAGGUGGUGACAACACAUGUGAUCCAGUCAUUCUUGCAACUGCAGGUUAUGACCACACAAUUCGUUUUUGGCAAGCACACAGCGGCAUUUGCUACAGAACUGUCCAGCAUCCAGAUUCGGUAUCCUUAGUUCAGGGUACCAGCAUAUUCGUAUGUAUGAUCUCAAUUCAAACAACCCAAAACCAGUUGUAAAUUAUGAUGGAAUUAGUAAAAAUGUCACAGCUGUAGGAUUUCACGAAGAGGGAAAGUGGAUGUAUACUGGUGGGGAAGAUAACUCUGCAAGGAUUUGGGAUCUGAGGUCAAGAAAUUUACAAUGCCAGAGGAUAUUUCAAGUGAAUGCAGCUGUGAAUUGCAUCUGUUUACAUCCAAAUCAGGGAGAAUUGUUUAUAGGUGACCAGAGUGGUUCAAUACAUAUAUGGGAUCUGAAAACAGACAAAAAUGAACAGUUGAUACCAGAAACAGAUGCCUCUAUACAGUCAAUCAGCAUUGAUGCCAUGGGGACCAUGAUGGCAGCAGUCACAAACAAGGGAAAAUGCCAUAUAUGGACAUUGACUGGAGGCAGAAGAGAAGAGCCAACACAACUACAUCCAAAAUCAGAUAUAACAGUUAGCAACAGAUACGCCCUCAAAUGUCUCUUUAGUCCAGAUUCUACGUUAUUAGCAACAACUCUAGCAGACAAUUCAGCAAAAAUCUGGAAAACAGCCGAUCUGACGUUGCAUACAGAACUGAAAGAAAAUUCUCAGAGAUGGGUGUGGGAUUGUGCAUUCAGUGGAGACUCACAAUAUAUCAUCACAGCAUCAUCAGACAAUAUGGCACGGUUGUGGAGUGUGGAUACCGGGGAAGUUAAGAAGGAGUACAGUGGUCAUCAGAAAGCUGUGGUCUGUCUAGCAUUCAGGGACGAGUCUAUACAGUGAUCACAAG